UGUAGUCCGGCGCCGUGCCCCGCCCAUUCGUCCCCGCCGCCGGUGGACUACAACUCCCAGGCGGGCGGCGGCGGCGGAACGGAACCGGGUCGAGCGGAGCGGAGCGGAGCCGAGAUGAACGCGGUGCUGGCAGUGAAGCAGUACGUGUCUAAGAUGAUCGAGGACAGCGGGCCGGGCAUGAAGGUGCUUCUCAUGGACCGGGAGACGACCGGUAUCGUGAGCAUGGUGUACACGCAGUCCGAGAUCCUGCAGAAGGAGGUUUAUCUCUUCGAACGCCUCGAUUCUGCCAACAGGGAGGCCAUGAAGCACCUGAAGGCCAUCUGCUUCCUCCGGCCCACCAAGGAGAAUGUGGAGUUCCUCAUUCAGGAGCUGCGGAGGCCGAAGUACAGCAUUUAUUUCAUCUAUUUCAGUAACGUGAUCAGUAAGAGUGAUGUCAAGUCGUUGGCUGAGGCUGAUGAACAAGAAGUUGUGGCUGAAGUUCAGGAGUUCUAUGGUGAUUACAUUGCAGUGAAUCCGCACGUUUUUUCUCUCAACCUCUUGGGCUGCUGCCAGGGUCGGAGCUGGGAUCCGGCUCAGCUGUCCAGGACAACUCAAGGGUUGACUGCUCUGCUUUUGUCUCUGAAGAAAUGCCCCAUGAUUCGGUACCAGCUCUCUUCUGAGUCAGCAAAGAGGCUUGCUGAGUGCGUGAAGCAAGUUAUCACUAAAGAGUAUGAGCUGUUUGACUUUCGGCGCACUGAGGUUCCUCCUUUACUUCUCAUUCUGGACCGAUCUGACGAUGCCAUCACCCCACUUCUGAACCAGUGGACGUACCAGGCUAUGGUUCACGAAUUGCUGGGGAUUAACAACAACCGCAUCGACCUCUCUCGGGUACCGGGGAUAAGCAAGGAUCUCCGAGAGGUGGUCCUGUCUGCCGAGAACGACGAGUUCUACGCCAACAACAUGUACCUGAACUUUGCAGAGAUUGGCAGCAACAUCAAGAACCUUAUGGAGGAUUUCCAGAGGAGGAAACCUAAGGAGCAGCAGAAGCUGGAAUCCAUAGCAGAUAUGAAGGCAUUUGUGGAGAAUUACCCACAGUUCAAGAAGAUGUCGGGCACGGUGUCGAAGCACGUGACGGUGGUGGGAGAGCUCUCCCGACUGGUUGGGGAGCGGAACCUGCUGGAGGUGUCCGAAGUGGAGCAGGAGCUGGCCUGCCAGAAUGACCAUUCCAGUGCUCUCCAGAACGUGCGUCGCCUCCUGCAGAACCCCAAGGUGACGGAGUUUGAUGCUGCCCGGCUGGUGAUGCUUUACGCCCUGCACUACGAGCGACACAGCAGCAAUAGUUUGCCGGGGCUGAUGACGGAUCUCAAGAACAGGGGUGUGUCGGAGAAAUACCGAAAGCUAGUGUCUGCCAUUGUGGAGUACGGAGGAAAACGGGUCCGGGGCAGCGACCUGUUCAGUCCCAAGGAUGCUGUAGCCAUCACCAAACAGUUCCUCAAAGGACUGAAGGGUGUUGAGAAUGUGUACACACAGCACCAGCCUCUCCUUCAAGAAACACUAGAUCAGCUCAUCAAAGGAAAACUCAAGGACAGCCAGUACCCCUACCUGGGUCCCAACACACUCCGUGACAGGCCCCAAGAUAUCAUCGUGUUCAUCAUUGGAGGGGCGACUUACGAAGAGGCUCUGACUGUCUAUAACCUUAACCGCACCAACCCGGGGGUCCGGAUCGUCCUAGGUGGGACCACGAUUCACAACACAAAGAGCAAGAAGAUAUUUUGGUAACUGUUUAUUAUGAAUCGACACAUCACAGGGGAGCAAAACUGCAACAUCAGGGCUGAACAGAGCAAAUUGGAUGUUUGAGGACAGCAAGCAGGAGGACAUAAACAUCACUUUAGAGAGAGGUUCUCUUUUCAUUUUGCCCACAUUUUCAAGGUCCUUUCCCUCCCUCCUAUACCCUCCCCCCCUCGUUUAAAAAAACAAUGAUAUUUUUAUGCUCCCUGUAACAAAAUUCAAAGCCGCGAUAUUGGCAAUUCCCUGCGAGUCCGUUGUUCCCUGCUCCCUUGGAGAAAAAGAUAGUGAAAUGUGGCACGGGAGCUCAGCCCCAGGCUCACGUUCCCCCUGCAAAGGAGGGUGCACCGACCCGGGGCUCCCACUUUUCCACCUCCUCCCCUGCUUACGGUAAAUUUUGGGUGACUUUGUGUAGCACGGAGGAGUCCUGGAGCACGGCAGGGGCUGUUGGGACAUCUCCCGAUGUACAGCACCAAGCGCCGGGACCGAAGUCGCUUGACGAUGCUCACAGCAGGAAAAUCACAGCCUUCCACGGACUCGAAGGUACUAAAGAAGCGAUCGCUGUUGUUUUGUAAUGUUAUAAUUUAAAUAUUUCUGGUUCCGUCUUUCCUGCUCGCGGCCAGGUGGUU